AUGGAGCUGCGUGUGGGGAAUAAAUACCGCCUAGGGCGCAAGAUCGGAAGCGGGUCCUUUGGAGACAUCUACCUGGGUGCCAACAUUGCCUCUGGUGAAGAGGUAGCCAUCAAGCUUGAGUGUGUGAAGACGAAGCACCCGCAGCUGCACAUUGAGAGCAAGUUCUACAAGAUGAUGCAAGGGGGAGUGGGAAUCCCGUCCAUCAAGUGGUGUGGGGCUGAGGGCGACUACAACGUGAUGGUCAUGGAGCUGCUGGGGCCCAGCCUCGAGGACCUCUUCAACUUCUGCUCCCGCAAGUUCAGCCUCAAGACGGUGCUGCUCCUGGCCGACCAAAUGAUCAGCCGGAUCGAGUACAUCCACUCCAAGAACUUCAUCCACCGGGAUGUCAAGCCCGACAACUUCCUAAUGGGCCUGGGGAAAAAAGGUAACCUGGUAUAUAUCAUCGAUUUCGGCCUGGCCAAGAAGUAUCGGGACGCCCGCACCCACCAGCACAUCCCCUACCGGGAAAACAAGAACUUGACGGGUACUGCCCGCUACGCCUCUAUCAAUACCCACCUGGGCAUCGAGCAAAGCCGUCGAGAUGACCUGGAAAGUCUGGGCUACGUGCUCAUGUACUUCAACCUGGGCUCCCUGCCCUGGCAGGGCCUCAAAGCAGCCACCAAGCGCCAGAAGUAUGAGCGGAUCAGCGAGAAGAAGAUGUCGACACCCAUCGAGGUCCUCUGCAAAGGCUACCCCUCCGAGUUCUCAACAUACCUCAACUUCUGCCGCUCGCUGCGGUUUGACGACAAGCCUGACUACUCCUACCUGCGCCAGCUCUUCCGCAACCUCUUCCACCGGCAGGGCUUCUCCUAUGACUACGUCUUCGACUGGAACAUGCUCAAAUUUGGGGCUUCCUCGAGCCAGGCUCAGCCCCGCAACAGCGACGCUAUUGCACCGCCUCGGCCCCUUCCCUGGCCAUGCGCCGGGCCGGUGUGCCCACCCACCUACUGGUGCCCGGCGCCCCUGGGCACCCAAGGCCCCUCAGAUAGGCCCCUGGAGGAGAUGGAGGAGGUAGAAGAGCUGCCUCCCCAAAACUACUGGCCUGUGGUCUGGACUCCAGGGCCCCAGUUCUGACAUUACAAGGUGUGCCUGCAAGCAUCAGGGCCAGGCCUGAGCAGGCAUCCCUUGGGAUGGAGGGGCUGGCAGCCCCCUGAGAGACGGCCUGCCAUUCAGUGGAGAGGGUGUGGAAGAAAAGGCCCUGCGUGGGAUUUUCGGGAAUGAACCAGCUACUGAGAGUCAGGACAAGCCUGAAGAAGGAAUUGUGGCCUUUACCUGGAAGCGUCCUGUGGACACAAGCGCCAGGACCAGGCCUUGUCGUCGUCGUCAGCCUCUGUAUUGACCCUGAACUCAUUAAAGCCUCGCCUCCCUG